GGAGGAUUCAGUAGGAGAAUGGACUGUGGCGAGGGAGGAGGCUAUAGCAAAGCAGUCUCUUGACGGGUCUCCAGUGCGUUCUUCACUGCCUCCAUUUAACGCUUCAGCCUCACACAUUUAGAACGACUAAAGACUACUAUAUUCCACAAAGUGUCUUCAUUCAUGUUAGUCAGGAGUGUUAGAAGAAUUUUUAAAUUAAACCUCACUCUAGAUAUUUCCAUUCAGACGUGAAUUUCACUUGAUGCCGUUUGUCUUGUGAACCUGACUAAUCAUAUGCACACGACUGGCGUAUGUGAAAGUGUGUGUGAGAGUGCAUGCAUGUGUGCAGGAGUGUGUGAGGGCUUCUCGCGACAUGUUAGCAGAGACAGAAAUCCUGCUAGUGACGAUGGUAUUGGGCACGACGCUCAGUCAUGCUACUCACCGCACGGCUCAUGCAACUCUACAGUUACGGCACCAGACAAACUUUUGCAUAGCGCUGGGUGGGGAAUGCCAGAGACGACAACGAUCUUGUACCGGCCGGACGCUGUCGUCCCUUUUAUGUGAACCUCAGGGUGGGAUCUGCUGUAUCAGUGGUUACGAAACAUUCUUGAAAAGGUUUAGAAAACCUCUGAAGAGAUUGCCUGUGCGGGAUGUUUGUCGCAAAACCACAAAAAAGUGUAACAGGAGAGGCGGCAGUUGUAUAUCCUCCAGCAGCCCAUGCAGCACCUAUGCUGUGAGAAAAUUUUGUUCUGGGUAUUCCUGUACCUGCUGUUUUGGUGACCAUAAGGCAUGUACAUCUACGCCGGCUUGCAAAGGAGGCUUCUGCUUUAAGGGAACCAACAACAAGGUGUGCCAGGGAGGCAAAAUCAUCCGCUCUGGCUGUAAAGGCAGAAAAUGCUCAUGUUGUAUACCGAAAGGAUCUCAAAGCAGCAAUGCAGAUAACUGCAUAUGCGGCAAAACCAAUGAGAAGCGCAUCUUCGGUGGCGAUGAUGUUGCUCCUCCUCACAAAUACCCGUGGUUAGUUGGAUUACGGAUCCCGCCUUACAAGCAGAACCACUGCGGUGGCAGCAUCAUUAGUAGCACCUAUGUAAUCACCGCUGGGCACUGCCUUUAUGAUAGAAACAGUGGAAAACUAUUUGAUCCUGUUAAAGUUAAAGUCAAAGUAGGAGAUCACGAUCAGUUUUCGCACUUGGAUGACGUGGAGGAUGUUACUCGAGAUGUGGAUGUGGAGGAAAUAAUUUCUCAUGAUUAUUUCUUACCAUACCGACCUUAUCAUGACAUUGGUUUGCUACGCCUGAAAAUUCAGCUGGAUCUCACAUCCCAUCUACAAGUCGGUGCAGUGUGUUUGCCAUCCAACGCAGCGUUCACAUACGAAGGUGCAAAAGGCGUGGCGAGCGGGUGGGGUGUUAAAAAGGAAGACAGCAAUGUUGCCUCGGCGGUAGCGCAGGAGGUAACCAUUCCUAUACUGGGUCCUACAUGCAAGAACACUCAGUAUGGAGAUGUGACUUUGACUUCAAAUAUGUUGUGUGCUGGCGUAGAAGAAGGGGGAAAGGACACAUGCAUUGGUGAUUCCGGAGGCCCGCUCACUGUACAAGAAUUUGACCGUCACGUCAUCGUUGGAAUUACUUCCUUCGGGAUAGGAUGCGGCAAACCUCACUCCCCUGGUGUGUACACGCGUAUAACUGCGUAUCUUUCCUGGAUUAGAAGCAAGGUCCAAGAUAUUUGUAUAAAUGCAUAAGUGAUGCAGAUGCCAUCAUG